GGCGACCGUGGCUGUUAGGCACCCUCGACUGGCGGCGGUGGCGGCUCCGGGUGCGGCGGGGCGCUCGGCCAGCUUUCUAGGUCGGAACGGAGCGCUUUGCUUCGCGGGCCCCGCCCGGAAAGUUUGCAGUGCAGCCGCGACCUCCUGGCCGGCGCGGCCCAGCAUGAAGCGGCGCUGAAGAGCCGCCGCGGCCGCCUGAGGAGGAGCCGCAGCACCCGGGGCCACGCCGAUGACUACUGCAAACUGUGGCGCCCACGACGAGCUCGACUUCAAACUCGUCUUCGGCGAGGACGGGGCGCCAGCGCCGGUGUCCCAGGUCUCGCGGCCUGCAGAUAUUGAGCCAGAUGAUUGUGCAUCCAUUUACAUCUUUAAUGUAGAUCCACCUCCAUCUACUUUAAACUCAUCACCUGGCUUACCACAUCAUGGACUGCUGCAGUCUCACUCUUCUGUUUUGUCGCCAUCAUUUCAGCUCCAAAGUCACAAAAAUUAUGAAGGAACUGGUGAUAUUUCUGAAUCUAAAUAUAGCCCAUUAGGUGGUCCCAAACCCUUUGAGUGCCCAAGUAUUCAAAUUACAUCCAUCUCUCCUAACUGUCAUCAAGGAACAGAUGCACAUGAAGAUGACCUACAGAUAAAUGAUCCAGAAAGGGAAUAUUUGGAAAGACCUUCUAGAGAUCAUCUCUAUCUUCCACUUGAGCCAUCCUACCGGGAGUCUUCCUUUAGUCCAAGUCCUGCCAGCAGCAUUUCUUCUAGGAGCUGGUUCUCAGAUGCAUCUUCUUGUGAAUCUCUCUCACACAUUUAUGAUGAUGUGGACUCAGAGUUGAAUGAAGCUGCUGCUCGAUUUACUCUUGGCUCACCUCUGACUUCUCCGGGUGGCUCUCCAGGAGGCUGUCCUGGAGAAGACUCCUGGCAGCAACAGUAUGGACCUGGACACUCCUUGUCACCUAGGCAAUCUCCUUGCCACUCUCCUAGAUCCAGUAUCACUGAUGAGAAUUGGCUGAGCCCCAGACCAGCCUCAGGACCCUCAUCAAGGCCCACUUCUCCCUGUGGUAAACGACGGCACUCCAGUGCUGAAGUCUGUUAUGCUGGUUCCCUUUCACCCCAUCACUCACCUGUUCCUUCCCCUGGCCACUCCCCUAGGGGAAGUGUAACAGAAGAUACCUGGCUUACUGCUUCUGUCCACACUGGAUCAGGCCUUGGCCCUGCACCUUUCCCAUUUCAGUACUGUGUAGAGACUGAUAUCCCUUUGAAAACAAGGAAGACUUCUGAAGAUCAAGCUGCCAUACUACCAGGAAAAUUAGAGGUCUGUUCCGAUGAUCAAGGGAGCUUAUCACCAUCCCGGGAAACUUCAGUAGAUGAUGGCCUUGGAUCUCAGUAUCCUUUAAAGAAAGAUUCAUCUGGUGACCAAUUUCUUGCAGUUCCUUCACCCUUUACCUGGAGCAAACCAAAGCCUGGCCACACCCCUAUAUUUCGCACAUCUUCAUUACCUCCAUUAGACUGGCCUUUACCAACUCACUUUGGACAAUGUGAAUUGAAAAUAGAAGUGCAACCUAAAACUCAUCAUCGAGCCCAUUAUGAAACUGAAGGUAGCCGAGGGGCAGUGAAGGCCUCUACUGGUGGUCAUCCUGUUGUGAAGCUCCUGGGCUAUAGUGAAAAGCCAAUAAAUCUACAGAUGUUUAUUGGAACAGCCGAUGAUCGAUAUUUACGACCUCAUGCAUUUUACCAGGUGCAUCGUAUUACUGGAAAGACAGUUGCUACUGCAAGUCAGGAGAUAAUAAUUGCCAGCACAAAAGUUCUGGAAAUUCCACUUCUACCUGAAAAUAAUAUGUCUGCCAGUAUUGACUGUGCAGGUAUUUUGAAACUCCGAAAUUCAGAUAUAGAACUUCGAAAAGGAGAAACUGAUAUUGGCAGAAAGAAUACUAGAGUACGACUUGUAUUUCGAGUGCACAUCCCACAGCCCAGUGGAAAAGUCCUUUCUCUGCAGAUAGCAUCUAUUCCUGUUGAGUGCUCUCAGCGAUCUGCUCAAGAGCUCCCUCAUAUUGAGAAGUACAGUAUCAACAGUUGCUCUGUCAAUGGAGGCCAUGAAAUGGUUGUGACUGGAUCUAAUUUUCUUCCAGAAUCCAAAAUCAUUUUUCUUGAAAAAGGACAAGAUGGAAGACCUCAUUGGGAGGCUGAAGGAAAAAUAAUCAGGGAAAAAUGUCAAGGGGCUCACAUUGUCCUUGAAGUUCCUCCCUACCAUAACCCAGCAGUUACAGCUGCAGUGCAGGUGCACUUUUAUCUUUGCAAUGGCAAGAGGAAAAAAAGCCAGUCUCAACGUUUUACUUACACACCAGUUUUGAUGAAGCAAGAACAAAGAGAAGAUACUGAUUUGUCUUCAGUUUCAUCCUUACCUGUGCCUCAUUCUGCCCAGACCCAGAGGCCUUCCUCAGAUACAGGGCACCCACAUAGCAAUGUGUUGUCAGCAUCAAGAAGCUUGAUUUGUCCAGGCCAGCCAGCAUAUGCAUCUAUGAUAACCUCAUCCCAUUUGCCACAGUUGCAUUGUAGGGACGAGGGUGCUGGUAAAGAACAGCACAUAACACCGUCUUCAGUCAUGCACCAGCCUUUUCAAGUUACAUCAACAUCUCCUAUGGGGUCUUCCUAUCAGUCUAUACAAACUAAUAUGUAUAAUGGACCAACUUGUCUUCCUAUGAAUCCUGCCUCUAGUCAAGAAUUUGAUCCGGUUUUGUUUCAGCAGGAUGCAACUCUUUCUAGUUUAGUAAACCUUGGCUGUCAACCACUGUCACCAAUACCAUUUCAUUCUUCAAAUUCAGAUGCAACAGGACAUCUCUUAGCACAUUCACCUCAUUCUGUGCAAACCCCACCUCAUCUGCAGUCAAUGGGAUACCAUUGUUCAAACACAAGACAAAGAUCUCUUUCUUCUCCAGUGGCAGAUCAGGUCACAGGUCAGCCUUCUCAUUUACAACCUAUUACAUACUGUCCUUCACAUCCAGGACCUGCUACAGCAGCUUCCCCAGCAGCCUCUCAUCCCCUGGCUGGUUCACCGCUUUCUGGGCCAUCAUCCCCUCAACUGCAGACUAUGCCUUAUCAAUCUCCUAGCUCAGGAACUGCCUCAUCACCAUCUCCAGCUACCAGAAUGCAUUCUGGACAGCACUCAACUCAAGCACAAAAUACAGGCCAAGGAGGUCUUUCUGCACUUUCAUCUUUAGUAUGUCACAGUCUGUGUGAUCCAGCGUCAUUUCCAGCUGGUGGAACAGCUGUGAGCAUUAAACCUGAACCUGAAGAUCAGGAACCUAACUUUGCAACCAUUGGUCUGCAGGAUAUCACUUUAGAUGAUGAUGGAAGUUGUUGACAUUUCCUCACAGACCACUGUGCUUUCUGAGCUGUUGGGCAAAAGCCUGCGAUUAGAAAGGGCCACAUGUAUGCAGAUGCCUCCACAUAAUAAAGGGUACGUGUAGUAGGACAAGACAACAGAGUAGCCCCUCAAGCUUGGUGGUUCACUCUGGCUAAAACAUUCUUUCGCUUUAUAGCCUUAGGUGGCACUGUGGGAAAUCAGAAGGGGAAACAUUCCCAGAGGGAUUCAAAGUAGGAAAAAUUAGAGUUAAGGUGAACAUUUACUUUUAAAGACUUUUGAAAAAAUUUUUUUAAAGUACCUAUCAGCUCUGCUAGGAGCAUGAGCAUUUGGAAUGAGAAUAAGAAUGUUUCCUGUUGAGGUUGGAGAGAUGACUCAGCAGUUAAGAGCACUUGC